CUAAAUGUAGCUGUUUUGAAUAAUUAAAAUGAAUGUAUCUUACUAUCUUUGAGCAAUUUUUAAUAUACAAACAGAAUUAAGAGUUAAAAUCUAAAAGAAUUUGUAUAAACAAUUAUUAACAAAAUAAAGUAGAAAAAGCAUAAGCAAAGUUAUAUUCAAUUUGCAAUAGCACGCACACACAAACAAACAAAAAUGGGAAGAAAGAAAGACCAAUUUAUAGAUAAGAAUAAAGCUAUUACUUUCAAGCUUUCAUAUAGAAACAAUGAAGAUCCCUUCUUCUAGAGAUAGCACGAAGGCGUCCCUGUCAAUGUUGAGAGAGUCUUCGAAAUUAAAUCCAUUCCUAUGGAUAACCACUUGACUGAAGAAGAAAAAUAAAAAAGAGAUAAACUCCUCAGCUUAUUCACACAAGAAGAUUAGGGUAUUUUUGAAUAAAAGUAGAAGGAGUAGUAAUAAAUGAAUAAGUUUUGGGUUCCUCCUGAAAUUCGUAAAAAGUUAGCAGGAAAAGACCUUUGGAUUGAUUAAUUGGCCCAAAAGUCCUAAUUGUAGGAAUAAGAAGUUGAGGACUAUGAAAUUGAAGAGUUAGAAGAGGUCGAAGAAGUCGAAGCUAAUGAAGACGAACAAGAAGAAUUUACCGAAGAAGAAGAAGAGGGGUAGGAAGAAGAGGAAGAAGAGAUUCCUACUGAAAAGAAUCAAGUUAAAAAAACUUAAAAAAAUAAAGAAGAGAAAAAGGAAGACAAAGAUGAAGAAUAAAACAAUGACACUGGUAGUGAAGACUACUCUUAUGACGGAGAAGAAGAUGAUGAUUAAUAAGAAUAAGAAGAAUAAAAGGAAAAGGAGGAAGCAAUCCCUCAGAAAAAGAUUGAAGAUUUGACAUCAUAAGACUUCCCUGACUUCAAAUAUAAAGAUUUAGUUCAAAAGAAAAUUGUUGAAGAUAAUAUCAUUCCUAAAUAUGAAAAAAUCACUUUCUCUAAGGAUGUUAAAUUUAAAAAGUUUAAUGAAUACGGUUUACCUGCUAGCAAUUUCGAUUACUCUAAGUAUUUCGUCUAGCCAAGUUAGUAAAAUGAUGGUAUUGUUGAAGCAGUUUUAUUAGCAGAUUACAAAACUGCUCCUAAGCUUAAAGAAGAUAUAGAUUAUGAAUAUGAUGAAAUGACUGAAGAGUAAAGGGAAGUUUUUGAUGCAUUAAAUUAUGAUAUUGAUGAUGACGCUUAUGAAUAAUUAGAAGAUGAUUUCGUUUUAAUCGCUAACGAUGGUGAAUAAGUAAUCGUUGAGGAUUUAUUAGAAUAAGAAAUAGAAGAGGAAGUUACUGGAUAGAAAAAGAAAAAAGUUAAGGGCAAAAAAAUUAACUUUACCUUUGAUGAGGAAGGAAAGAUUCAACUUGAAUUGGAAAAGCCAAAAAAUAAAAAGGUUGUGAAAAAGGUUAUAAAGAAGUACGCUUAGAAAGACAGUAAGCCUGGAAAAGAUACAGUGACCGAAUAAGAUAAAGAAUUUGAUAAGGUUAUGAAAGAAAUGGAAGAUAGCUAUGAUGAAGAUAAAUACAAUGGUAGCAGUGAUGAUGAUUAUGAUAUCCCAGAGUUAAAAGAAGGAAUUUUAACUGGUGAAGGUUUUAAUAAAAUUUUAGAUGAGCAUAUUGCUGGCAUGUCUUAAUAAGAAAGAGAAUAGGCUCACUUAGAAGAAAGGAAAAUCAAAAACAAGUAAGUAAAUGUAGAAUUUGAAUAGAAAUAAAAGGAAAGAUUAGAAAAGUAUGAAGGUUAUUUCAGACCAGAUGAAAUAGUUACUCGUAAAAUUUACUAAAUUGUUCCUUUGGAAAAAGAUAACGCACUUAAAAGUUACAUUGAAAGAGAAUUAAUAAGAGAAGUUGACCCUAAUUAUUAAGAAAACUUUGACAGACCUGAAGCUGAAUUUAAGCUAGAUGAAACUAUAGCUACAAAGAACUUUUCCUUCAGCAGAGUUCAUGAAAAUCUCACAGUUAUCGGAGGUAAUGAUAUCAGCUUGAGCAAAAGCAAAAAAUAUAGACCACUUAAGCAUGCUGAUGAAGAUGAAAACAAGUAAAAAGAAAAGGAAGUAGAGUAAAUCUCUGAAAAUGAAGAAGAAUAAGAAGAAGAGGAUGAUGAAAAAGAUCCUUUAAAGAUUAGAUCCUAUGAAUUAUCUAAGAAAAUCGACACUAAAAAUGAAACUAAGGAAGAAAAAGCUGCUAGAAAGCAAGCAUUAAAAGAAUUCAAAGAAGCUAGAAAGCAAAAGAAAAAAUUAUUCAAGGAAGGUUUUGAAGCACUAGCAAAAGAGCAUCAAAGUAAGUUCCAAAACCGUACUAAUCAUCAUAACAUUCAAAAUGUUAAGGGUAUUUCAAUUAAAUAAAUGAUGUGA